AAUAGCCGACAUGUCAACAUUUAAUUAUUAAGCCUGCAUGAGAUAUUCUAAAUCUUCCAGAUGAAAUAUGAAAUCACCUAAUUAAUAAUAAAUCCGCAUAAUUAACUGAGAAGACUUGCCUACGUCGUCAGCUUACAUGGCGCCAAAAGCCAUCAAUCACACACGCAUAGACAUUACUCGAAUGUAGAAGCUCUAACUCCGCUGAAUGUGAAUAAGCAACCUGAUGUCUAUACUUGUGUCACAUGGUAUGGCUUGGUGUCAUGGUACAACAAAAUCAUCUAUAAAUGCCUGCACUUAGCUCAUCCUGAGCAGUGCCAUACCAGCAUCUUUCAAAACGGUACAGAUAGAAAUUCAAAAUUAGAAAGCGAGAUGAUAGUUCUAACAGGUACAUCUGGCGGCCUCGCAAGUGUCGCACUUGAAACAAUCCUCGAGCAGAAACUUCUUCAGCCAACGGAAUUCCGCCUUUCUAGUUGGAACGGUCAGACAAAAUCAAAGAAAGCUAUCGACGCAGGGAUAGAAGUCCGCCGAGGUGACUUCAAAUACCCCGACACUCUUGUUCAUGCGUUUGAGGGUGCAGAGGCACUUUUCCUGGUUUCAUAUCCCUCUGUUGGCGAGGAGCGAUUCCACUAUCACCGCAAUGCAAUUGAUGCAGCAAAGGCUGCUGGUGUUCGUCAUAUUCUUUAUACUUCAUUAACAUUUGGGGGUAUUACUGGUGAGCAGAGUCAUGCAGGAGUGAUGCAAGCACAUAUCCAAACUGUGAGAUAUUUGAAGGCAUCCGGCCUCAAGUGGACCAUUCUUCGCUUCCCAACGUACAACCAUCUAUGGAACAACUUUGCGGGAUUCCUGCGCUUGGAAGAGAAAGGAGACGCAAAAGUAGUAAUUCCGGACGAUGGCCCGAAUCAUUGGGCUAGUCGUGAGGAUCUAGGUGAAGCGGCGGCUCAGGUCAUUGCAAAUUGGCGAGACCAUGAAAGCCAAACUAUCAAUUUCACCGGACCUCAGUUACUGACAAUUAGUGAUAUCGCGAGGCUCUACAGCAAAUACACUGGGCGUCAAGUUGACAUUGAAAUUGUGGGUACAGAGAAAGCCAUAGACUAUCAUAAGCAACACAAAACACUCCCACCUGAACAGGAAGACUUUCUAUCCAAUUGGGCUUCAUGGCAUGUCACGCUGGCCAAGGGUGAGACUAGCUUUCUUGACCCAGCACUUGAAAACCUGUUGGGUAGGAAGCCGAAAACUGUUGAGGCAAUGUCAGAUCAACUAUUUUCGUCCGAUUCCAAUGCCCUUGAUACGAAAGACUUUAACUGAAGUCUUAUUGGGAGUAUUCAGUAUGAUGUAAAUUCGAGAUUCAACUAGUCUUACAGGAUCAAAUAAAUAUGAAUUUGGCAUAAAGCCCUCUAGAGAUAUUCUGCAGCAAUAUAAUCGAAAGAGUUUGAAGUACAAAGACAUAUGGCUAUUUUGAUUAUUCGGGUUGCUAGAACUACUUUCGAGGAACUCAUACUUGAACUAAUUGUUCAAAG